UGGAAAACACAGAUUGGUCCUCAAAAGAUUAGGAUAUAAAUUUUCUGGCUGUUGUUCAUCCCAAAAUUUAUCAGAUACCACUUAUACCCAAGUACAUUAAUCUCUAAAUCAUCCACAAUUUCCUGCUGCCAACUAAAUCUUUCUCCAACCAAUUUUCUCAAUUGUUUCGUCCAGCAAUUGGAAAUGGCCGCCAUGACCACUAGCAAGUUGACAACACUCUUGCCUCCUGCUACCUUCAACAAAACCAGGAUUCAGGCAACUCCUAUUCUUGGGUUGCCAGUAAUGGCUACAAGAGGGUGCAGGGUUAGGUGCAGCAUAGAAGAGAAGGCAGAGGCAAAAGACAAGAGCCUGAACACAAGCAUGGUAGCCUCAAUGGUGGCAGCAGCAUCAGCGGUGGCUGCAACCGCAGGACCAGCAAUGGCACUUGUGGAUGAAAGAAUGAGCACAGAAGGAACUGGACUUCCAUUUGGAUUGAGCAACAACCUUCUUGGAUGGAUACUUCUUGGCGUGUUUGCUUUGAUUUGGUCACUCUACACUGUUUACACUUCAACACUUGAUGAGGAUGAUGAUUCUGCUUUGUCCCUUUAAGUUAUCAAAGCUCCAGAAAUGUUUCCAGUUUCCACUAGAGAACAUCUGUAGAAUGUAACUUCAAACUGUAAAGCCUGGAAAUGUUUGUUUAUGUAUGAAUGCUUUGACAUUUAUCCUUAAUUGCAUUGUUAUUGUUACUACUA